AGUGUUUUAUUUCUGCUUUUUACAAGUGAAGACGUAAAAUUUACGUAAACCGUCUUCAUAAUUCAUUUUGCAUAAAACGAAAAUAUAUAUAUCUGCUUUUGUGAUAAACUGGAUAUGAUGAUCACUUUGACUGUUUAUUGAUCAUUUGUGAACGCCUUCUCUCCAAAGCUGGCAACAUAGAAUAAUUCUCUGUAUCAUCUACAUCUACAUUAACUCAACCAGUAACCGACAUCGAUUAUCACAGGCCUUACAAUGAAACGUUACUUAUCAAUCCCACCAGCCGAUAAUAUAAUGAAAUUCGAUAUAGCAUACCCGCCAAAUGAAGCUAAAAGAUUUGAAUUUAGCGGAAAUGUUCUCGAUGUUAAUUUAAAACAAAUUUUUUAACAUUACUCAAAUUUGCGUUGAAUUAAAAUUCCGUGUGACUUCUGUCCCACCAAUAUUUAUGAUCGAAUUUGCGGGCAACUAUUAGCGAUCGAAAAGCCUCACACAAAUUCUAAUGUACUAUUAAAAGUUUAGAGGAUUGUUUUGAAUUGUUCUAGAGUAUUUCUAUUGAUUCGGAGCGUUUUUCUUUUAAAAAAUAAAUAACUAUGACUACCGAAGUCUCUGAAUUCGUGACUUAUUUUUCAAAUGGUUAUUUCACGGAAGCUAACUCGGUCAUCGGGCUCGAUGACUCAGGGUUUGUUACAUCACGGGAUGGACUACCUGCUGGAUCACCGGUCGGUCCACCGGGCAUGCCGGGUGGACCUCCACGACCACCGUUCAGCAGCAUCGGUUCGACAUUCUCAAUCGUCUACAGCUCCGUCAUCAUCAUCACAAACGCCGCCACCCUCUUUGCCUUCGCUACCGAACGUCGACUUCGAACCUACAACAAUCUAUUCCUCAUCAAUCUUGCCAUCUCUGAUCUCCUAGUUGGCGUCACGGUCGCGGUUAACGUGAUCAAUAUCUACUACCCUACCGUCGUCAUGUGCAAGUUUCAUCUCGCUUUCAACGACGCUUUCCUCACCGUCUCCGUUUUCGGCAUCGUGGCCAUUUCCAUUGAUCGACAUCAAGCGACGUAUGAUCCUAUUACUCACUUCUUGAAAAAGUGUACUCGAAGGGCCGUUAUCUAUAAUGUGGUGAUAUGGCUGAUUUGCCUUGCUAUCUGGCUACCGUACACGGCGGGCUGGGAUCUAGGAGUCAUUUUGACCACACCUAGUCAAAAUGACCCAUUCCGAGAUGCUUGCGUUCCUCGGUACGGUCUUCGUCUGGUCACGUCUCUUCUCCCGGUGGGUCUCACUAUCAUCAUUCCCGCCAUAUUGAUUACUGUCCUGUACAUCCGUAUCGUCUACAAGAUACGGACAGCUUUCGGAGCCGAGAUGCUGGCGAAUCAGUUCCGGGAGAACGUCGAGGAGGAUGGUGAGACGCCUGAGGGGGAUGCCUCAGGCACGUCAGGGAGCAAUGGAACGGAGUUUGUGUUAUCAUCAGAUAUAAAUUCCAGAAAGACGGAUAAUGAGGGCACCGACAUUGAUGGGACACAGACCAAUCUUCAGAAGACAACAAAGGCUACAAAGCAUCGAGAGUCAGCUGAAGUCGCUAAGAAAGCGACUCGUACCUUAUCGGCCAUCAUCGUCGCUUUCGUCAUCGCCUGGUUGCCCCAUGUCAUCUUCAUCAUCGUGACCAAUCUCAACCGCGAUCUCCUCUUCGAAGGGAAGAUACCAGAAGUUGUUUUAUUUUUGGUCUCCAUGAUGCGCUACACCAAUAGUUUCCUGAAUCCGAUCAGCUACGCGAUGGCACAGCCUUUAUUCCGCCAAACGGUCUUGAAUCUGUUCAGGGGUUUUGGUAGAAUAUGUUGA